AAGUUCUUUUGCCCGGCUUCCCUUCUUUCUUCCCCGUUCAUCUCCCCUGUUGCCUCUCCCCCAUCUCGUGGCUUUUUUUCCUGGCGGGGCCCCUCGCGCCCAGCGUCGCUCCUCGCCGGGUCUUCGUCGGGCCCUCCGCCGGCGACGAGCAUCCACCAGCUGAAAGAUGGCGAGGAUACCGUCACUGAAGAGCCUCAAUGCGUUUCCGCACGCCGAGGAGCACUUGUUGAAGAAGACUUACUCUGGCGCUAUUGUGACAAUUCUUGGGCUAAUUAUAAUGUUUACACUGUUCGUGCAUGAGCUGCAGUUUUAUCUUACGACCUACACCGUGCAUCAGAUGUCUGUAGAUCUGAAACGAGGAGAAACUCUGCCAAUCCAUAUAAAUAUGUCAUUUCCUUCUUUGCCAUGCGAAGUAUUGAGUGUGGAUGCAAUUGACAUGUCUGGGAAACAUGAAGUUGAUUUGCACACAAAUAUCUGGAAGCUUCGCUUGGAUAGGUAUGGCCAUAUCAUUGGUACAGAGUACUUGUCUGACCUAGUUGAAAAGGGACAUGAGGCUCAUCAUGAUCAUGAUCAUGGCCAUGAGAAUCACGAUGAACAAAAGAAGCAUGAGCACACCUUCAAUGAAGAUGCAGAGAAAAUGGUUAAGAGUGUCAAACAAGCACUGGAAAAUGGUGAAGGGUGUCGAGUCUAUGGGAUGUUAGAUGUGCAGAGGGUUGCUGGUAACUUCCAUAUCUCAGUGCAUGGUUUAAACAUUUUUGUUGCUGAAAAGAUUUUUGAAGGGUCAAGCCAUGUGAAUGUUAGUCACGUUAUUCAUGAUCUGUCCUUUGGCCCUAAGUAUCCAGGAAUUCAUAAUCCACUGGAUGAAACCUCAAGGAUACUUCAUGACACAAGUGGAACCUUCAAAUACUAUAUCAAGGUUGUUCCAACUGAGUAUAAAUAUCUCUCAAAGAAAGUAUUGCCAACAAAUCAGUUUUCUGUCACGGAGUAUUUUCUUCCCAUUCGCCCAACUGACAGGGCCUGGCCAGCUGUUUACUUCCUUUAUGAUCUCUCACCAAUUACGGUCACCAUCAAAGAGGAAAGACGGAACUUCCUUCAUUUCCUAACUCGUCUAUGUGCGGUUCUUGGUGGCACAUUUGCCAUGACAGGAAUGCUUGACCGAUGGAUGUACCGGCUUAUCGAGUCUGUCACCAACUCAAAGACCAGAAGCGUGCUGCGGUAACUGCGAAAUUUCAUGGUAGACGAAGGGAAACCGUGGUUACCUGCGGCUAGUCAAGCCAGUUAUAGAUGAUCUUGUCCCAGCUAACUGAUCAAGCCAUGUUGGUGUUUACAUGUUCUAUUUGCUCCAUGCAUGGUUAACUUAUAAUAUGUCGUUAGUUUUUCAUUUAUCAUCAAUUGCGUAGUCAAAGUCCACGGACUACAGUUUUGUCAUCAACUUAAAACCUAUCCUGGAACUACCAACGAGAUCAUGUGGUUUGUAAUCAUGUAGAAGAAAAGCAUUUUUACUCCGAAAAUCAGUAAAAACAUGCAGCUUCAUUGUGCC